GGUGUCAUUGGCCCACUCGGGAGGGUGGAAAGCCACUGUGUCUCAAUGAAGCCCCCUGUUAAGGCCUCAGUGAACCAAAGUCCUUCCAUGAUUGAACUCUCAGCGACCUGACAAGCUGGCUUAAAGAAUGGAAUGUAAAGUGGCUGACUAUCAGCUACAGUGCUGGUACCAAGAGGCACUAAUGAGGCCUGUAUGCACCUGGCUAAGGGGGCAGGAUAACAAAUCACAGAAACUAGGAUGAGAUAGUGGUUUAGAGAAGAGUCACUAACAAGAUAGAUUAGUAGGUGCCAGAAGUGAUUUAACUACUUGGGAUAAUUGCUUCUGUAACAGUCACAGGGAAAGAUGGGAGGGGGGAGAAGGGGGCAUGGGGGGUAAUAGAAACGGCUUGGCUAAAGUAUGUAUAAAAAGAGAGAAACUGUUUGUAUCAGUGUGCAUGAUCUGAGACGUGCCUGUCUCCGUGCAUCAGGUUUGCUUUGAGAUCUCAAAUAAACUUAGUCUGCUUCUCCACCUUGGUGUGUUCUUUGGCGUGAAGCACACCGGGCAACGAACACCCCCACUGUUGCUGUCCUCGGGCACCCUGUGUGCUGGCAACAGUUUUGGCGUCCCUGGGUGGGCAUCGAGGCUAAAACUGGCCUUGCCCGGACCCCUCCUGGAGGUCGACGGAUUGCGGCGACGACCGACGCCCAGCGCGCACUGGUGACUUCAUCGGGGGCCUCGGCGGAGACGCGGUGUGGUCGACCCCGGAGGGCACAACGGUGUAACGCGCUUGAGUAGUGGAGAAGCUGCUUCAAGCGACGGUGGGGAACCGGUCCCGUGGAUAAGGUAUACCAAAGAUUUGCAGCCCCUCCCGCUGGAUGCUCCUGUCCACUCCCUGCAGCCAGGUGACUCCGUCCUCGUUCGUACCUGGAAGGACGAGCCUCUCCAAGAGAAGUGGAAGGGACCCCGUACUGUCCUGCUGGUCUCACACACAGCUGCAAAGGUUGAGGGACACAAGCACUGGAUCCAUCACUCUCGUCUGAAAGCAGUGCCUGCUCCUGAACGGUGGACCGUCCAGCCUGCGGAAAACACUGCCAGCGACGAUUUGGGACUUAAGCUGUUGUUUAAAAGACAGUAAGGUCUGCUGGAAAUGCCCUGUGCCCUCUUCGGACAGUCACGGCAUAUUCCCAGCGACCACUCUGAGCAUUGGUUCUGUUUAUUUUCACAGGGCCGGCCUAACCUCGUGGCCUGGUCCCUUCUGUUUUUAAUCUGUUUGCUAUUGGUAAUUGUUAUUUUGUGGGUAUUUGGGGAAUUGUAAUUGUUAGGCCUUACGGUUACCAACCCAGUAUGGAGUUCAGGUCAGAGCUUGCCACAGUAUUACUCCUUGCCAUGGGAGCACUCAUUUUGGUAACUCCUGGUUCUCCCCAGGCACAUGCGGGAUGGAGAGGAAUCCCUAACAAGCUGGAAACAAAUACGUAUGAGGCCCUGAAAGCUUGUUUUGCCCAAGAGUUUAACCUCUCCAACUGCUGGAUAUGCUCCCAAAUCCCACACCAUGCAGUUGGGUUGCCCUGGAGGGUGGUUCCCCAAAAUUGGUCAGAUCUCUGUUGGGGAUGGUUCAGUAGGGGGAAAAACAUUUCGGGUACCCCCUUGUCUCAAAACUGUACAAUUGAGUCCCAGUACGCAUUAAGGGACGACCCCUGGGAACCGCAAGCCAACUCAACGCAUCUCCCUCCCCCUAUUAGGCUGCGGCCAGUGAACCCCGGGUUGGUGUGCUAUCAGCAGUCCAAGUCCAGCAAUCACACCUGGUCCGCUGGGAAUAGCACCUGCCAGUAUUAUCUAUCCCCUGGCAGUAAUGCCUCUAUCCCAGUCUAUGUUAAUGGAAAACCCAAUUCUACUGCCUGGUUCGGAACUUUCAGUAGCUCCCAAACUGAAAGGUGGCAAAGUGGUUAUAAUGGGCUAGUGGGAAAUGGCCACUCCUUUUAUGUUUGCGGUACCUCUGCCUAUAAGUGGCUCCCACAUCGGUGGUAUGGAAGCUGUUAUGUGGGAUAUCUUGCUCCUCCUCUUCGAGUGUUUCCUAAACUGCCCCCUGGCCGCCCCAGGCAUCGUAGGUCUUUAUAUGUCACCCCUGAGCCCAUUGGUGUGGGAGACAGACUCGGUAUGAUCCUCCUCCCCUCUUAUGGGGUGGGACGGCUGUCUCAAAUGUAUCGUAAACUUUCUAUGUUUCUCACCAAGUUUGCUAAUGAGACCCUGGCCAUAGAGAAAAGCCUUAACUCAGAGCUUUACCAGCUCCGAUUGCUAGCCCUGCAAAACAGACAGGCCCUGGAUUAUGUUUUAGCCUCCCAGGGCGGAGUGUGUGCCCUGGUUGGCAGCGAGUGUUGUACUUAUGUCCCAGAAAAUUCACAGGACAUUAACAAACACAUUUUGUCAGCCGAACAGGCUCUCAGCCAUUGGAAGGCCCAGGAAAGGGAACCCACAAUUUUUGAUUCCCUCUGGAAUAGGUUGCCUAAUCUAGGAGGGCUGGGGGAAGGCCUUGUGCGUCUCCUCCUCACAGGUGUGGUCUUGUGCCUGAUCACCCUCCUCCUGAUCGCGUGUUUCAAGCUGUUACUCCGCAAACUCUGUAACCCCCUGACCCCAGAGAGCCCUACAUACCCUCUUGUUGAGAGCCCCAGCUCCAUAGAACUCAAUCACUUCUUGGCUGUAGAGUAUGAGAAAACUCGGCCAAAGGUUUGUUGAGUAUUCUCAAAGGAGGGAACUGUUGGUGUCAUUGGCCCACUCGGGAGGGUGGAAAGCCACUGUGUCUCAAUGAAGCCCCCUGUUAAGGCCUCAGUGAACCAAAGUCCUUCCAUGAUUGAACUCUCAGCGACCUGACAAGCUGGCUUAAAGAAUGGAAUGUAAAGUGGCUGACUAUCAGCUACAGUGCUGGUACCAAGAGGCACUAAUGAGGCCUGUAUGCACCUGGCUAAGGGGGCAGGAUAACAAAUCACAGAAACUAGGAUGAGAUAGUGGUUUAGAGAAGAGUCACUAACAAGAUAGAUUAGUAGGUGCCAGAAGUGAUUUAACUAC